AUGCACGAACGCAACGAGCGGGUUGAUGCGUUUGUUCAGGCGUUGCACACAGCUGCGGACCGUGACAAGAAGCCGCUUGUGCGUCUGACGCACUUCACGCUCCCGCCGUCCGCGGAAGACCCUGACGAACAUGACAUCGUGUCGUGGAAGGCGCAGGAGUUUGCAUACCGUCAGUUCAGUCAGGACCCUGACGAUUUGCCAACGCUAGCGCGAGGCCUGUUUACAGAGCGCAUGCGUGAUGAGGUAGGCGAGUACGAGCGCAUCUUGAUCCGCGGUUAUGACAAGUUCUUCAACCAAGGUGAGCUGCCUUGGACCAAGCCGGAAGUGAUUUCUACCUUCUCGACCGGGCCGUACGUCUUGUCCUUUAAGGAAAAUGGAUGUAUUAUAUUCCUCUCGGCUGUUACGCCGAAGCGGCUGCUUGUUACAUCGAAGCACUCGCUUGGUCUCGAGUUCGAGGAAGACAAGCCAAGUCACGCCGAGAUGGGAAGGUCGUGGGUCCAACGCCACCUGGCCAAGUGCCAGCGGACUGAAGAGGAUCUAGCCGCUGAGCUUUGGGAUCGCGACGAGACUGCCGUAUUGGAGCUCUGCGAUGACUCCUUUGAAGAGCAUGUGCUGCCGUAUCCGCCGGAGCGCACUGGCUUGCAUUUACAUGGCCUUAACAAAAACUCGAUUGACUUUAUGACCCGGCCCAUGGAGGAAGUGAAUGCAUUUGCCAAGUCAUGGGGAUUUAUUCCUGUGCGCUUCUUGACGUUUGACACGUAUGCUGAGGUCGAAGCUUUUGCCAAAGAAGUCGCUGCUACGGGAUCUUUGCAUGACGAGCCGAUCGAAGGAUUUGUGGUGCGCACGAGUAUGCCAAGCGAGAUGCCAAGUUGUCCCGAUGGCAUGGUCGCGCCGCCUUACCAUCCCUGCCAAACCUGGUUCUACAAAAUCAAGUUUGACGAACCAUAUCUUAUGUACCGCGAUUGGCGCGAGUUAACACGCACCAUGCUUCGCGACAAAAGCCAUUGGGAUGCAGCUCAGAUUGUCGCCUUGCGCUCUGCUGCGCAGAACAUGAAUGUCAAUGAUCAAGAGAGUCAGGAUCACGAGGCUGAGAAGGACGAAGAACAAGACAAAGAGACAUCACCGCAAGCGGAUGAGACUUCUCUCUUGAAUGCACCGAGUAAGAAUGCGCUGAAGCGAGCCAAGGCAAAGCUGAAGCGAGAGAUGAAGCGUAAGGAUGAUGCUAAAGCUGCUGCUGAUCGUGCUGCUGGCCUCAGUCAACCUUAUCCACCCACACCGCGGUCUAGGCGGCCAGAGACGCUCCUGUAUAUUCAAUGGUGCUACGAUCGCUUGUAUGGCAAUUCCGAUAAGAACAUCAUACCUGAGCCUGCAUUGUUUGCUCAUUUCAACGAGGGUCGCGGAAUUAUCGCGCUUCGCGAUCAUUUCCUUGCGUACAAGGCGUCAGAACAAGGCCAGAUGGCCUUGCAAUCGCUAGCGCAAUGUCGUACGCCGCAAACGCGCGAUUUGCGGCAGGAUGAUCGCCCGUAUGAAAAAACCCUCAUUGUACCUAUGGCUGUACCUGGCUGUGGUAAGACGGCCAUAUGUGUGGCGCUUCGGCAUCUAUUUGGCUGGGCCCACACACAGAGCGAUGAUGUGCAAACCAAGCGCACAGGCCCAGGCUUCUUGAAGAAUGUUGAAAAAGAGCUCCUGGCACACAACGUGGUCCUUGCAGAUCGCAACAAUCACCUUCUGAAGCAUCGAAAUGAGAUGGUCGACAUUGUGCGGCGACUCAGCGAGCCAGAGAAGGGCAAGACUGGCAGGAUCCGCCUGUGCGCAUUGGUCUGGCGUAUCAAUGGCUUGCCACACUCAGAGAUUCAGCAGGUGUGCGCGAACCGAAUCGUCGAGCGCGGUGAUCGACAUCAAUGCCUUCGGAUUGAGACACCGGGACAUUUCCAAUAUGAUACGAUCCUAACGCGGUUCAUCAAGGAAGGCGAGCCGUUCCAAGGCGCUCAGUCCGGAGAAGGAUCCUUUGGAGUGGCAGACGAUCAGUUCGAUGAAGCCGUCUGGCUUGAUAUUCACAAAUCCAUGCGCGAAACACUCGAACAGAUCCUGCAUCACUUGUGCCCAAUCAUGGAUGUGUCUAUGCCAAGCGAUCCACAAAUCUCAGAAGCGUUAGAAGUGGCAUGCACGUAUAAGCCAUCUGUGCGCAAGCCGUUGCCAAAGAUGGAAGCCGAAAGUGAUCCAUUGGCGGUUCAUCCGUCGUCGUACUUGGGCGUUUUCUUCCCGGUGAAGGUCCACAUGUUGACGAAGCAAGUUCUGGAGAAAGCAGCUACAAAUGAGCUGUCUGCGUCAGCACGCAGCAUGCUUGAGAACAUUGAAGCGCGAAACCGCGUUAUCCAUGACCCCCAUAUCACACUAAUUCACCGGCAGGACGUCGAGUCUGGCAAAACCGACCAAGACACAUGGGAUAAUCUCUUCAAGUUUGCGACGAAACACAAGGGGCUGCAUCCUUCAGUGGAUGUGAAACUGAGUGCUUUAUUGUGGAACGAGCGUGUAAUGGCAUUCGAAGUGGGAGCGAUGUACUGUGGUGAAUGGGGCUCAGACAAGCCGCUUGGCUUCCGCGAAAAACACCACGUCACUGUCGGCACAGCUGCUAAAGGUAUCAACCCUUUCGAGGCAAACGAACUUUGGAAUGAGCACGCCCAUGCGCAACGAAUCGAUAUUGAUAUGGUGCCCAUUGAAGGAUUCUUGACUUUUAAAAGCAACCCAAGAUAA